AUGUUGCAAACUGGUGAAACUCCACUAGCAAAGAAAGCUCGAAAGAAACAGGCUCGAAGAAAAGUGACUGCAACUACAAGAUCGACUGAAAUUAUGAAACCGUGUGUAUGGAAAGAAUUUCCAAGAGACCUUUACGAAACUGUGAUAGCAAGACUUCCCAUAACCACAUUUUUCCGUUUUCGUUCAGUUUGCCAGGAUUGGAAUUCAUUGCUGACUUCACAGAGUUUCUCCCAACAGUGUGCUCAAGUUAAGCAAACCCGCCAACCUUGGAUUUAUGCCACCAUACCUGGAAAGGCUAUUGAUGGAGCCAUGUAUGAUCCACAGUCAAAGAAAUGGUAUCAUCCACCUGUGCCUGCCCUGCUGACAGAGUUGAUCGUGGAGCCAGUGGCAUCAGCAGGGGGUCUUGUCUGUUUUCUUGAUAGUGAAUAUAUGACUUCCUAUGUCUGCAACCCUGUUACGGCCUCCUUCAAAGAGUUGCCAGCUAGGUCGGUUGAUUUUGGGGCCAUUGGGAUGACUGUAAAUGUGAGCUCUCCAAACGCUGGAUAUAAGAUUGUUUGUAUUAGUUGUGAUGGUGAGUAUGAAAUUUACGACUCGGCAAAGAACUCCUGGGGUUGCCCAGGGAGCUUGCCCCCGAAUAUCAAGCGCCCACUCAACCUAAAUAUCAAGUCUCGGGCAGUUUCUAUUGAAGAAACGCUGUACUUCAUGCAUUCAAACCCUGAUGGAAUUGUGUACUAUAAUAUGGCAACCGGGGUUUGGAAACAAAUCUUAAUCCCGGCUCCUCUACUUCUGAGUGAUUACACAGUAGCAGAAUGCGGAGGGAAACUCAUGCUUGUGGGGCUUGAGAACAAUAUUGCUUCGACGUGCAUCAGCGUAUGGGAGCUGCAGAAGAUGACUUUCUUGUGGAAGGUGGUCGACAGAAUGCCAACCCAGUUUUGCUUGGAUUUUUAUGGGAAGCCAGUCGAAUUGGAUUUCCUGGCUAACAAAGGUUCGGUUAUGAUGUCGCUUAGAUCAAAACGCACAUCGAAUUGCAACAAUUUUUAUGGUGACCUACAGUAA